CUGUUGAUCAUCAGCUUCAAAACAUAUAAUAAUCCCCAAUUCCCAAUCCACUCUCUCCAAUUCCAUUGAGUUUAAUUGAAUUAAGAUCAUGGAGUUUGUUUCAAGCUGGUGCAACAAUGGAGUCUUACCUCCAAGUUAUGUGCACCCUUCGGAGACCAGACCUGGGAACCUAGUUGUUCCUCCAGGAACGUCCAUUCCAGUCAUUGAUUUCGCAGGUCAUGAUCGAAACCAAAUUAUUCAGAAAAUCCUGAAAGCUGGUGAAGAAUAUGGAUUCUUCCAGGUUAUAAAUCAUGGAGUUUCAGAAACAUUAAUGGAUGACACCAUGGAUGUUAUCAAGGAGUUUCAUGCAAUGUCUGGCAUGGAGAAACAAAGGGAAUGUUCCAAGGAUCCCAAUGGAAGCUGUAAGCUCUACACAAGCAGCCUUGACUACCCGGCCGAGGAUUUUCAUUAUUGGAGGGAUGCUUUAAUACACCCUUGCAAUCCUGCAGAAGAAUGCAUAAAAUUUUGGCCUGAAAAGCCAACCAGAUACAGGGAGGUUAUUGGGGCUUAUUCUGUUGAAAUGAGAAAGUUGAGUUCCAGGAUUUUGGAGAUAAUAUGUGAAGGAUUAGGGCUUGAAAAAGGGUAUUUCAGCAGUGAUCUUAGUGAAAACCCAAAAAUCAUAAUUAAUCAUUACCCGGUAUGUCCUGACCCCAGCCUGACCCUGGGAUUAUCCAAGCACAAGGACCCUACAGUCAUCUCCCUGGUCCUCCAAGGGCUCAUACCAGGGCUCCAAGUCCUCAAGGAUGGCCAAUGGAUUUCUGUUCAGCCUCAUCCUCAUGCAUUUGUUGUUAACAUAGGCUACUUGUUACAGAUCAUCAGCAAUGGUAAACUUAAUGGCGCGGAGCAUCGAGUAGUGACAAAUAGAAAUGCUGCAAGGACAACUAUUACAUACUUUGUUUUUCCCACCAACGAAAGCCUGAUAAAACCAGCAAAAGUACUUACCAAUGAACAGAAUCCUCCACUCUACAAGGAUUGCAAAUUCUCAGACUUCUUCACUGCCUUCUUGUCUAGGGCAGUUGAACCUUGCACUUGAUUGAGUCAGAAUUCAUAUUACAAUUAUGCAUUUUCGAAAUGUACUUUUCAUUUGUUUUGUUGGUCAUCUGAUUUUUUUAAUGCUUAUUGUAUGGAUUUUCAGUUCUUGUAUGUAAAAAGAGAAGCUAGUGAUGGCAUUGAGAGGGUUUUUAUUU